AGACGUCGGCUAUGGAUCAGAAUCCGGGGGACGGGGACAGGGUGGAGUCUCCGCAGUCAGCCGGAGCCUUUAUGAGGGUAUAUGCAAGUAGUAAUGAGACGAGAAACCCAGUAAGAAACCGAACGUCUCUGAUGACAGUGGGUCAUCUGCGUAAUUCACCAUCAAGAGGAUGUGACUGGGUUGAGUGAAUAACAGCUAGGCUUUACCGGGGCUAGAGAUGGAGAAGGGGGAAGCGUGGGAGAGGCCCUCCGCAUGCCCGGCCGCGAUAAGAAGGCCUUGCCUCUUACACGGGGAGAAGCACCCACGUACUGUACCUACAGCUUUGCAGGCAGCUCCAGCGCCCGGUCAAGUACACUUGUACACUGAUUCGGGGCUUAGUGUGAGGUGAGAUCUAACACGGGAGAAUAAAACAAAACAAUAACCGACGAUCGGCUGGGUAUGAAAGGCAUCAUAGCGAAGGCUCUGACUUACAGGCCGGUGGUUACCUUGCGAUGGUUAGA